AUGGUGCACAACGUCAUGUCGAACCUCGCCACUGUGAAAGUGAGUUAGAUUAUAUUGGGGUGUUCAAGGAACAGUUCCCGAGAGGGGCUAGCAAUGGCUUCAUAAAAGACAGACAAUUUGCAGGAGAUAGUGAAGGGACUUAAGCCAUGCACAGAGACACCGGUCGUACGGUCUAGGAAUCCGGCAAGUCGGCAGUCAACAAACAGAUCGAACUCAGCAAGAACGCCUGAGUGAAGGAUCGCAUGAGGAACAUCGCCAUUCACAAAGACCGAGGAAAGCCAAUGUUUAGGGUGAGGGAGAUACUGCCAAAAGUGGAAAUGGAGGAGUAGUUGGCAGCUUGGAUGUGAAAUCCAGAACUGGGGAAACGAUGGUGAGCUGCAGUUGGGAGUGCAACGCCAAUUUUGGUUCCAGUGUCCACAACGAAGCGCCUGCGAGUCACGCUAUCGUAAACGAAGAAGAUGCAACCAGAGCCAGAAGAGCCAGAAAAAACGGUCCCGUCUAUUCAUUGGCUGACUGGUUUCCCUGUUUCAACUUUAAGGAGCGGGGCGAGAAAUAGCGACGGACCUUUGCACCGAAUUCUGUAUGAUCCCAACAAUACGGCAGUCCGAGGUCACGAGCGAGAACGACGAUAGCUUGGUGGAUGACUGGAAGUAAGGCGUGUAAGCUGUAUUCUAAGGGAUGCCAUCUCAUCCGCUAUAGCCGACAUCUGCUUCACUGAUGGUUCCUUCAUUGUCGACGAGAAUGUGGAGCUCUGGACAACGGAGGGCGGUUGGAACCGCUGCGCCUCUAUCAUUCGAUCCGCCAUAUCAGCCAGCUGUCGAACCGUGAGAUCUUGGGAAACGGAGGCCAAAAUCGUUCGAGCAUGUGCAAGUAAACGCUCUAGAAAAAUCCCCUUGACAAAUUUCUCGUCAACCUGCAUGUCUUCAAGGAGAGAACACAUUUGACGUAGAAGUUCUGAGGGCUUCGGAUCACCCAAUACUUUCUCCUUAGUCGAAUGGUGAUAUCGUUGUCGGUCAGCCGCAGCAUUAAGUCGAAGGAUUUUUGCCUUUAACGUAGAAUAUGUAGCACCUGCAGGGGGAUUAGAUAGUAAGGAUUGAACUGGGGAGAUAACCCUAGCGGGGAGAACCUCAGCAAGUUUGUGGUAUCUCGUCAGCUCCCUGGCAAAGUGAGCAGAAAAAAGAUUGAUUCGACGCAGAUGAAAUAAAGUUCUGGAGCAUGUCAUCGGGCUUCAGGCAAGGUAAAAUUGACGACCUGAAGGAAAUGGGCGAGGAUAUGAAGUUUUUGGUUGAAGUAAGACAUAAUAAGCAACAUAGAGAUGGAACACUAUUGAUCAAAUGCGCGAUAAAAGUAGGCGUAAAUGGAAUAAAAAUUCACUAAAAACUAGUACACUAGUUUGACCGAGAAAAGCAUAAAGUCUGCGUUAACGGCGGGACUCGUCAAUAACGUGGAUGAUAAUGCUCUCACGGACUAACGAAUGAUAUGUAACGAGCCCUAAGUGUUAAGAACAGUAAGCGAAACCGGCUAAUGAAUGAUAUUUAUAUUCGGAACGUAAAACAAUCUGACAGCAGAGGACGCCACCGAAGCGGGCGUUGACAGCCGUGUUGUUUCGUCACGUUAAAACAAGCAAUUCGGAAAAAGGGAAAACGGGAUUAGGUUUUCAAAGGUGGUUUAAUCUGGAACUUCGCCACAAGGUCUGUGGCCUCUCAAUUACAAAUAAGACACGGACAAAAACAGUACGGCUCGAGGUAUCAGACAAGUGGAACGGCCAAAUCGGACUGUAAUCGACUUACCAAAGCCCUUCAUGGAAAGCCACCACCAAAACUGGGAUACUCAUUUACUGUAUGCGCUCAGAUCGUACCGCACCACCGUGCACACAUCGAAGGGAUACGCCCCACUCAUUUUUAUGGCAGGGCGACUUAUACUUCCUCAUACCGUCUGCAGACUCCUUAGCUCUAUCUGCCUAUCAUACAUGUAUUCGAAUUAAAGGUUUUGGUGCAACCUACACAUAAUGUAACACGUACACUUUUGCACGAGGCGUAAGACGGAAAAGAAGAUUACUUUGACCGCCACAGGCAUGGACUGCAAUGACUCAGGGCUAAGAUAUCGAGUGGUUCCUCCUGUUGACAUACUAGUCAAACUUUUCUACCAUGGGCAGGACUCUACAUCGGAGCGGACAUCAGGUCCUAGAGCACCGAUAUUGCCCAUGGUGUCGUGAUACCCGAAGGGUUCACCCCUUCCUGGCAACAUAUACCUUUUAUCCCACACCUCGAUCCUAAAUCCGCAAAUGAAGUCGAGAUCCCUGACGGACGUAACCCCGUGUAUACAGGCCCCGAGAACCAAAUCCCGUCCGAGUGAAUGUCAAACGCAGUAAGCGGACAGAUAAUAAAAAGGAACGAUGAGUGUGGUUUGGCAAGAAAACGGACCUCAAUAAUAAUUUGAUGAGGGGUUCCCUAACGAAGUUAUUCAAUGACGAUCUCGCAACGGAAGGACGAUGAGAUUUGAAUAUCACUACCUCAUCGGAGGUCACCGGCUCCAAUCAUUUAAGAGCUAAGAGACCUCGGUGUGUUGAUAGCGCCCACCCUUGAUCUAUCGUCUCAUCGUGCCAAGAUAGCAAAGAAGUCCAUGGGUAUCCAAAGCGCGCUCUGGGUAUCCUUCGCCAGUUUUGACGAAGAACUUUUCGGUUGAGUGUUUGGAACCUGUAUUCGACUAGUAUUAGAGUAUUACGUUCAGGCUAGAUCUCUCUGGAUGAAACAAGAUUAUGCCCAUUCUAAGGAGUCACAACAAAUGGCGACCAAACUGAUCGACGGAUUAAGUUGUUCACCUUAAGAUAGACUGUUGGAAAAACUAAGAGUAUGGACAUGACCUUUCGAACCGUCAGAGGGCUUGACUUUGUCUUUCAACUCGCCGACUUUUUUGAACUGGUACCAAGGACCACUUGUAGAGGUCACCAGCACAAAUAGGGUGCAAAAUAUGUCAAAUAUGAAAUACGCGUUCAAUCCUUCUCUCAUGGGAUAUUUGGACGAUUGGACAGACCGUCGAAUACGGUUGUCUUGCCGGGAAAGUUUGAGGACUUCAUAAGGAAAUUUCAGAAAUAUAUGCCGGCCGAUCUUAUAUUCACUGAAUGUAGUGGCGGACUCAACUGUUACAUGAAUGUGCAUGUUCUUCAUCCGUAUGCCUUUUAAUAAGGGUCUCCAAGGCUCUGCCUACCUCCCCUAUAUAUACUGAAAUUAUGCUGAGUGGUCGGCCUCUUAUUGCAGGUACAGGACGGAUUUACUCCCUCUCAGGCGAGAGCUUCCAACUCCACCUUCCCCAGUUUGCAGCCGCAAACAUACUUGAAACCUCUGUGAUGAUCCGAAUAUUGAACAUGGAAUACAUCACCCUGUGCAGCCCAAGGAACUGCUCAACGAUUUAUUAUCACUUAUAUUAAAUCAUUUUACUGCUCAGCGUUCGCUACGAUUUUCGAAGGCUACAGCCUGUCUGCUCCUUGAAAGAGGAGAAAAUACAUCAGAAGACAAUGUGUUGAAUAAAAUAUUAGCUGCAGGAAAGACGAUAUACCACAGGCGAGGCAACCUUACUACUCAAAAUUCCAAGGAGACUUCCUGUUACCCACUCUUCAAAUAAAAUAUUCAAGAGAAACGAACUGUUUCUCGAAGGAACACGUGAGAGCAAGCCAGCUUUAUCCUGAGAAUGAGGCGAAAUUCAAGAAGCAGACCAGGAUGUAAGUGCGAAGCGUCAUUAUAGGUUGCGGUAAACAUCAGGUGAGACCGACAAUGGAGGUGAUCAAACGCCAUUUCAGUGGCCAAGAUGGGAUCUCGAUAAUUUUGGGUGGCAAGUAAAAUUAGGACGUUUUGAAACAUGUUCGUCAUGGAGCUCUCGGUAGUUCGUGAGAAAGGUUGGCUAGAGAGCACGUUGUGGUCUGUGAAGGUUACGACGUCUAGACUGAGAAAAUCGAAAUUCUCGAUGAGUGAUCUUCACGAGCAAAACCACACGCGAAGAGUGAAAUGCAAUCGGACGAAGUAUCUCGGAGAUGGUCACCUAACGCCAAAGCCUGACUAUGCUCUGUUUUCGUUUGCUAUCGUCCGUUAUCGCUUGGCUUGGCCGUCUGUCUGUUACGCUUUCUCGCCACUACCUGAUUGUUUCGAUCAUAUGGUCAACAGUUAUGCUUUCAACCGUUAACUGUUUUGCCUUUUCAGUACUUUGCGCUGUUUUCCUCCUCAUGUUCUUGACAUAAGUAGUCAGAUUUGAUUCGCUUGCCGUCCCAACUCUAAGCCACCACUAUCUCCACCUCUGUUUAGCGCUGCAGUGCGUGGACUGGAUUUAAUAUUCUCACGGAUUUUACCAAGAAGGCAUCGUGUUAUUGGGAAAUUUGUGAUCACGAAUGCGGAGGCCGUAAUAAGUACUACCCUCGAUACCUGCUUCAUUUCCCAUUAGUGUUCAGCCAGACCAGAAACGCAACGGCUGUGUUCCGAGCGCUCGACUUAAUUUGGCUUGGAUGUUGGUGCCGUUGCGGACUUGUGGGUUUGUACGGACGUUUAAUAAUGACUCCCAAGGUCGAAAAUCGAGGAAUGGACGCUGCUAGAGCUACAGGGAGAAAUCUCUCAUAACAACGCAAGCUCUGUAGCAGGAGAGGUCGUAGGCGACUUACAUUUUACUCGUCAGGUGGGUACUCCGUCGGAAUUUGAUGUCCGUUAGAACGAACCUAUCCUGAUUAUCGGUCACAAUCUUCUGUGUGGAAAAGUUUCAAAACUGGCGAGGCCGUUUGCUGUCCUUCAGAGGACCCGAUCCGGCAGUUCUACCAACCUCUCUGUGAAGGCCGUUAUUAGGACAAAGAUCCUUUUUAAGACCCGACCGAAACCAAUUAUUUGGAUGAAGAACUGA